AUGGCUCGUGCUAGUACUACUUCUACUAACUCAAAUAACUGGCUAUCGUUUUCACUCUCACCCAUGGAAAUGCCUCAGUUUGUUCAAUACGACGCUGCUUCAUCUGUUACUAACUCGUCUCAUCAGAAUCAUCAUCACUAUUUCCUUGACAAUAUGUAUACUAAUGGAUGGGGAAACGGAAACUCAAAGUCUGAAGCUGAAGCACAAGAACAAUCGAUUUGGUUUAUGGAUUCAUCUAACGGACAGAGUGUGAACCACCACGCUCCACCGCCGAAGCUGGAGGAUUUUCUCGGUGACAGUCAAACGAAGACUCAAGAUUCUUCUCUUACACACAUGUACGAUCACCAUCAGCACCAUCAUCAUGGUUCUGCUUACUUCGGUGGGGACCACCACCAUCAACACCACCAGCACCAGCAUCAGCAGCACCACCAGCAUCAGGAUCUUAAGAGCAUUACCGGCUUUCAAGCUUUUUCAAACAACUCAGGUUCUGAAGUUGAUGAUUCAGGUUCAAUAGGAAAAUCACAAGCUGCAUGUAACGAGUUUGGAACUCAUUGUGUUGAGUCAGGUAACGAGUUCACAUACUCCACCGCCGCCGCAACCGCUAAUGGUGCUUUGUCCCUUGGCGUAGCUCAGUGUUCUGAGGAAACUGCUAUCGUUGUUGCUGAUUCAGAUAGCUCGAAGAAAAUCGUUGAUACUUUUGGUCAGCGAACUUCGAUUUACCGUGGUGUCACUAGGCAUAGAUGGACCGGUAGAUAUGAAGCGCAUCUUUGGGAUAACAGCUGUAGAAGAGAAGGUCAAGCCAGGAAAGGACGUCAAGGUGGAUAUGACAAGGAAGAAAAGGCCGCAAGAUCCUACGAUUUGGCUGCUCUAAAGUAUUGGGGUCCUACUGCUACUACCAACUUCUCUGUUUCAAAUUAUGUGAAGGAAUUGGAAGAGAUGAAAGUUGUAACAAAGCAAGAAUUCAUUGCUUCAUUGCGAAGGAAGAGUAGUGGCUUUUCAAGAGGAGCUUCCAUCUAUAGGGGUGUUACUAGGCAUCACCAACAGGGUAGGUGGCAAGCAAGAAUCGGCCGUGUUGCCGGAAACAAAGACUUGUACUUAGGAACAUUCGCUACUGAAGAAGAGGCAGCUGAAGCAUACGACAUUGCAGCCAUCAAAUUCCGAGGUGCAAAUGCCGUAACAAACUUUGAGAUGAACAGAUAUGAUGUUGAAGCUAUCAUGAAGAGUUCUCUACCUGUCGGUGGGGCAGCAAAACGCCUGAAGCGUUCUCUGGAGUCAGAACAGAAAGCUGCUGCCAUUAACAACAAUCAGCAGAACAAUCCUCAGCAGUGUGCUGUUAACACCAUUAACAGCAACAGCAACAACAUCAAUUUCUCAGCCAUUCAUCAUCAUCAUCAGCAGCCAAUGGCUUCAAUCCCGUACGGAGUUCCAUAUGAUUCAAACACAGCAUAUUAUCAUCACAAUCUCUUCCAACAUUUUCAUCCUAUUUCAAAUGAUGGCACUGCAGAAUCUGUUGUCACUUCCACCAAUGCAGCAAAUGGUGGACUUAAUGCUAUGCCACCAACAUCAGCAGCUGAGUUCUUUUUAUGGCCUAAUCAGUCUUACUGA